AUGUCCACCUACAUAGAAGAGCUUUUCAUGUGUUCAGCCCAGCAGCAGCAGCAAGUGUCCAAGGAAAUUUCAUUAAAAUGUUAUCAAGUCAGCCUUUGGUUUAUCACCCGCUUAUGUGAUACCAGUUUUCACACCUCCCUGAUCCUCGCCAGCGAUGAACGCCUGCUUCACAAGUUCCUCCUCUGUUCAUGCCAUGCCAGGGACUUGGACACAAUCACUUCACAACAACGUCCAGAGAAGCAGUCCUUGAGUUCGUCUAUGUGCCGGGAUUCUCAAUGGAAAUGUCUCCUUCUCUCCAUCCUAAUGCUUGUAUGCCUUUGUGCUGUAACCUGGUGCCAGGUUACCAGUGUGACCAAGCUCAGUUUCGACAGUUCCCUAAAGGGAAGAUCCAUGAUCUACCAUGGCAGCCCUUGCUCUGAUGGCUAUGUCUACAUUCCUCUAGCUUUUUUAGCAAUGUUGUAUGUAGUUUAUCUGGUAGAAUGCUGGCAUUGCCACGCAAAGAGUGAACUCCAACAUAAGGCUGAUGUCACUAGUGUUUAUGAUCAGAUACAGCGUAUGCGCCAAGCUACACCUUGCAUCUGGUGGAAGGCCAUUAGCUACCACUUUGUCCGGCGCACUAGACAAGUCACCCGCUACCGUCAUGGUGAUGCCUAUACUACUACUCAGGUCUACCAUGAACGAGUGAACACUCACGUGGCUGAAGCAGAAUUUGAAUACUCUCAUUGUGGUAUAAAAGAUAUUUCCAAAGACCUAUUGGACCUAGACCGCCACCCUGCCACCAAACUAAAGUUCACCAAGUGCUUCAGCUUUGCUAACCUGGAGUCUGAGAAUUCGUACCUCACUCAGCGAGCCCGCUUUUUCACAGAGAUUGAAGGACUUGAUGAUUAUAUGGAGGCAAGGGAAGGAAUGCAGCUAAAAAAUGUGGACUUUAAGGAAUUAGUUAUUGCUUACGUGAACCUAGAGCAGCUGCCAUGGUAUGUUUCCCAUUAUGCUUUCUGGGCAGCUGCCCUUCUCAUGCUCUCAUGGCCCCUAAGGGUUUUUAUUGAGUAUCGAACUGCUCACGUUCAUUAUCAUAUCGAAAAACUUCUAGGGUUGGAUUACAGGUCACCUGGGGUGGCAGAGGAGCCUAUAUACCGAUUCAGAAUGCCACGGGUCAGCACCUUUGACAGUACUGAACUAGAAUGGCAUAUAUGCACCAAUCGGCAGCUAAUUCCAAGCUACUCUGAGGCAGUGCUGAUGGAUUUAACAGAUGCCUCACUAUGCAAUGGCUAUUCUGCCUGCGGGUACAGUGGUGUCCUGAGAGACUGUGAAGGCUGCAACAGAGCAUCCAGCAGCUCUUCUAUCUUCUCUCGCCAUGCUAUGCACAGUUGCAGCGGGGGUCCAUCACACCUCUCCCUCAGCACCAGCCGUUUCUCCCUAUGCCAGCUGCAUGGAUCCCACAGGACAGGCCUCUGGAGGAGUCGUAGCAGCAGCCUUGCAGAUCGUGUGUGUCCAGAUGAACGAUGUUGCUCCUACUCUAGCCAGCUAGCCAUUAAUGAAAACCCUCCUACUUAUCACGAUGCCCGUUUCUUCCCUGUGCUUAUAGUGCAUCGUCAGGAAGGAUGCCGGACCAGGAACUUCUGCAUACACCGCUCAUCAUGCAUGGAGACCUCCUUGUAAUAGAAUGUUCAACCAUCUUUGUGCUGCAGCCCCACUUAUUUUGUGCUGAAUAGGGCACUAAAAGAGGCAAUUACAUUUAAAAUGUAUGGCAGCAUAAAAUGAAAAUGUGAUAAACAACAAUGGUAAUAAAAACAUGCAGCCAACAUCUCACCAAAGUUUUCAGGCACUUGAUGAAUGUCAAAAAUCUAAAACAUUUCAACAAAUACUUUUUUGUCUCUGCUCUUCAAAAUUAGUGCUUCACCAUUAAUUUUACUAAAUUAGGCCUGUAAAGGAACACAUUGCAAUAAAUAUUUUAAGAAUUAUGUAUAAUAUGCAUAAGGGUCAAUUUGGUUUGGUUGUGGAAAGCCAGGUGACAUAUUGGUGGCUUGACAUGUAGGAGCCUCCACUUUCUUUCUUGUGGUUUUCCAGUGCCCAUAAAAAUUGCCCUGUGCUAGUUAAACUAGUUAAUAUGAUUGCUCACUGAAUCUGAAUUUUCAUAAACAUUUUUAGUUUAAAAUACCUAUGUGGUAGAACCCAGACAGGUGCUGGCAAUGUUGAGACAUGCAAUAGCAUACCCUUUGGCAUCCAAUAAAGAAUUGCCUAUCUAUGGACCACUAUAUAUGCUGUUCUGCAUUACAAGGGGGGAAUCACAGCCAAAGCAGGGCAAAUUAAAGCAAAUGUUCAUGGGGAUAAAUGGCAAUAGCUCCACAAAAAAAGGUAAGUAGGCAGUAAGACAUCAAUGUCGAUGCUAUUGCCCUGUGCUCUAUGGACAGCUAAACAUCACAGCAGUCAAAUUCACUAAAGAAAGAAAGGCGCCUAUUAUUAAAAAAUAGCGUGUAUGUUAUUUCAAUCAGGUAAAGUAAACUGUUUUUCAAUUUGUGACAUUGUCAUGGUAAGGAGCUGCCAUUCCCAGCCUCCUGAAGAAAAUGCUAGUUGCCUGGACGUGUCAGACUUAAAGUGUAUGUAAAUCCUGACAAUUAACUUAUUUUAUUUGAUCUCCUUUGGUCUGUUAAAUACAAAAUUGAAAGAGUUUUGUUAUGUCUGUUUAGUAAUUUAAAAAACAAACUUGUUGAUCCUGCAAGCUAAUAACUCAGUAUGACCACCAGGGGACUAGCAUUCUCAAAAGUACAGUUCAGUAAUGGCAGCCUCCACGAUUCUCACAUGAAAGAGUUUUCCUAAAUCUUAAAAGGGUCAAAAUUAAAAUUUUUGGUAGAUUGUGACGAUUGAAACAGCCACCAGCCUCCCAUACCUGUUAAAGUCUUUGGACCAGAGAGCUGAGAAGCCACGCUACUUGCUAACACCAUUAUAGAUUUUUUUUUAUUCACACUGCCCUUUUUUUACUUUGCAUUCCUGGGAAUGCAGCUUCAGCAAGAGAAGUUGAGGUAUAUAUAAAGUCAAAACAUUCUUCAUUAGAUUUAGAUAGAGGAGAUUGGUUAAAGCCCAUGUCAGACUUUUUUUGCUUUGUCCUGUAGAGGAGAUCUACCAUCACUUCCUGUCCCAGUGGCAACAGGAAGUGAGAGGAAAACUCCCCAGAGUGAGCAGGAAUCUCCUGAUAGACAGUUAUCAACAUAACAGCUCCACAUGGGAAGAUUUUUACGGUAGCCUCCUGAUUCCAAGCCAACUGUAAUAUUUUUGAUUUCCCAUCAAAUUCUGUCCGGUGACAAUAGUUAACAGGGUAAAUAAAUAUGGUGAAUCCGCUUAGCGGGGACACUGAUAAAACUCUUUUGCAUCCCUAGCAGGGACCCAGUUAUCAAUAGAUAUUUGAAGGGAGUUCCAAUCUUUCCUUACUUUAUUCAAAACUAGAAAACAAGUUUUGGAUAUAAAAAUUCUUUCACAUUCUUUGGCUGCCAGAAAGAGAGAAAGCUAAUACUUUUAAGUAUGGGGAGCAUGGAGCUCACUGUCACAUAAGAGCAGGAAGAAAGUUCUCAGCUAGUGAUAACUUGACGAUUACACAGGUUCUCCUCUUUUCACACUUGUAACACCUGCAUGUGUAAAUGAAGUCAGGGGUUGAUUCACUGAAGGCAAAUAGGCUAUUUGUUUUGCAAUGGAAGUUGCAUUAUGCAAGGGAAUUUUCCCCUGAUAUGUGAAGAGAAUGUAAGGGCGCCAGGUUAGCACAGGUUAAA